CAACUUUUGAUUUUAAAAAAUUCGGAAUGGUUUGAAACGAUUUGUAACACUUUUUAUGAUUGUUUCAAGACGCAAACAAACGCUAACAACCGCAAAAACUGUGUUUGCAUAUGGCAGUGGAUAAACCUGUCAUACCUUUGGUCUUUGUUUAAAACGGUUGGUCAGCUAUGAACUGUGGGUGAAUUGAGCUAGUUCAAUAAUAUAGAAGUAGACAUUUAAAUAUGGAAACUUUCACUUUGGAAUUAUUAAAUUAUUGAUACAUGUUAAGUUGUUUUUGGUAAGCUAUAAUAUUUCCACAGUAUAGAAGUAAACUUGUAAAAAAAUGAAAGAAUAUAUAAAAACCCUAUUAAAUUGAAAAGUUAGCAGAACCCUAGCUAGAGUAGUCUUUUCUGUGGUUGUGUCGUCAUCAAACACUGUAACAUGAUGUCGCAUAAUCUCCAGCACCAUACGAGGAGUAUCCUCGCUCACAGUAGCAGGACUCUAUUAUUCUGCUCCUACACAAACGGAACCCUACCGUCUUCCCCAAGGCACAGCACUACUACUCUGCAUAGCCGUAUCGAAGCCGCUUCAGAAGGCAAAACAGCAAUCACUAGGGUUCUUGAACAAUGGAGACGUCAACAAAAAGGUAAGCAAAUAAACCCUUCGAUGGUGAGAGUACUCGUGGAGGAGCUUAGAGACUCGCAACGUUUUCGUCAAGCCCUAGAGGUAUCUGACUGGAUGAUUGAGCAUAAGCUAUGCAACCUCAUCCAUGAAGACUUCACAGCUAGGUUUUGUCUUAUAGAGAACGUGUUGGGGUUGAAAGAAGCUGAGAAGUUCUUUGAGAGCGUCCCGGAGAAUCAGAGAGGUGAAGCGAUCUACACCGCUUUGCUGAACUGCUACACGGUGAAGAAGGAUCUUGUUAAAGCUGAAGGUACUUUCAAGAACAUGAGGGAGAUAGGUUUGCUUUUGAAGCCUUUGCCUUACAACUCGAUGAUGUCUCUCUACUUCUCUGUCCGAAAGAGAGACAAGGUCGAUGAGAUUAUGCGAGAGAUGAAGGAGAACAACGUUCAGUUUGAUACUCUCACCGUGAACAUUGCUUUGAGAGUGUAUGCUUCUGUGUCUGACUUGUUGGCAAUGGAGAAGCUUCUUGCUCAUUGGGAAGGGACUAUAACGCUGCAUUGCCUCACGUCACUUGACAUGGCAAAGGCUUAUCUAAGAAAUGGUUCAAAGGUUAAGGCGAGGGAGAUGCUUCUUAGAACAGAAGAGGACCACAUAGAUCAUGAGUCCUAUGCUGAACUCUUGACGCUAUAUGGUGAAGCUGGAGAGAGAGAAGACGUUUACCGUAUAUGGGACUUGUACAAGAUGACAGAAAAGCAAGAUAAUGAUGGGUUUAGGGCUUUGUUUGGAUCUCUCUUGAAGCUAGAUGAUCUCAAUGGAGCAGAAGAGAUUUACUACAACGAGUGGGAUGGCUCUGGUCUUGAUUUCGAUGUCCGAAUCCCGACAAUCUUGGCUUCUGGUUACCGCGAAAAGGGACUGGUUAAGAAGGCAGAUAAGCUGAUGAUUAAAACCAUAAGAAAUGAAAAAAUGGUUAGACCUAUUGGUCAGUUGCUUGAGGAGUGGGGCAAGAAAGGGAACCUAGUGGAGCCUUCUUACAUGAGAGAGCUUAUCAAGGAUCUUUGUGACUCAAAACAAUACCCUAAAGCACUUGAGGCAUCAACAUGGGUGAGUGAAAGAAACUUGUUUGCUCUUUUCCCUGAGGACUAUGCAGCUAGGCUUCAUCUCAUUGACAAUGUAUUAGGUUUGGAACAAGCAGAGAAGUUUUUUAAUUGUAGCAUCACUGAGAACAUGAAGAACUACUCUGUCUACUCUACACUCCUAACCACAUACACAAGAUCAUCCAAAACUGUGGAUAAAGCAGAAGCCACUUUUGAGAAGAUGGAAGAGCUAGGGUUCCUAUUAAACUCCACACCAUUCAACUCAGUGAUAUCUCUCUACAGUGAGAUGAGAAAAAGAAGCAAGGUCAUGAAGCUUCUAGAGAAGAUGAAGGAGAAGAACAUAGAGCCGGAUAAUGUCAUAAUGAACCACGUUUUGAGAGUUAACGCAUAUGUAUCAGCCAUGGAAUGCAUGGAGAAGUAUAAGAGAGAAUGGGAAGAGAAUAAUCUCAAACUUGAAGUGAGGACUAUGGAUGCAAUAGCAAAGGCUUACGAAGCAGAAGGGUCAAUACUAAAGGCUAUAGAGAUAACUUCGAGUAAAAAAGAAGUGUACCGUCUAUGGGAUGCGUACAAGAAAGAUAACGUGGGAGACAUGAGUAACGAAGGGUAUAGAAGUGUGAUUAGGUCUUUGCUGAAGCUAGAUGAUGUUAAAGGAGCACAAGAGAUAUUUAACGAGUGGGAGCCAGAGAGAUACGAGUUUGAUUCAAGGAUUCCAAGUUUGCUGAUUUCUCGUUAUUGCGAGGAGGAGAAGUAUAAUGAGGUUAAGACAAGGGAUGUGAUGAAGUUGAGUAGGAAGAAGAGGAGAGGGU